GUUAACCAUCUGGUAGCACAUGCCACUGUUUACAUUUGACAGCUGUCUAAUUGGGGCCAAAAAGUGUAGAAGAAAAUUAUAAAUGCUGGGAUAAUGGAGCAGCCGAGUGGAGUUCUGCUUGUUAUUGGUUUACUCUUGGACUGUUUGGUCUACUAUCGCGGAGUUAUGUAUAGGACUUCAAAUUCGAAUAAAAUGUUGUAAUUAUUCGAUCAUGCGUGUGAAAUAUAUGUGUGGGUGAAAUAAAAUUUUAAACAAGAAUUGCUGCACUUACAAAUACAAUAAAUAAGGAAGAUACAUAUAUUUUCAUAUUAUUUGCGUAUAAACCUGCAGUGAUUUUCUAAUAAGAGUAUUUGUGUGAAAUGUUGUCAUACUUAAGUUAGUAUGUGUGCAUAAAAAUUGCUAAGUGUUCAAAAAAUUAUAAAGGAAUUUUAUAAAUGAAAUUCCUAUUAGAAGAUUUUGCGUAUACUUGAGUAUCUACAUACAUACGUAUGUAUAUAUAAAAAUCUAAAUAAGUAUAUGAUUGCAACCGAAUUUAAGUUCUAAAGUGAUUUUGUGCUCUAUAGUGUUUUCUAUCAAACACAAGUGUUUAGCUUUUUUGUUUUUGUUUGUGUGCAUACAAGUUUCAGCUCACGCUCACUAGCGUGCACUGUUCUUCGAAGUCAAUGUCCAAAACGUCAGAUUCCACAACCAUUUCAUUACUAACUGGAGCAUCCGUGGAUAGCGCCAGCAGGACACGCGCUCAACAUCGCAUAAGCCUAUCGACAAAACGACGAAAAAUGUCCCGUCGAGCCAAUCUAAUAGGCAUUUGUGGCGUUUGCAGUCUCUGCUUAUUGUUGCUGAUAGCGACAACCCAACAUCGACCUGCCUCUAUGACCAUAUCUAACGGCAUGUCCGUUGGCGUUGGUGACAUAUCAGGCGUACAGACCGGUUAUGUUGAUCGGCAUCAUGUGGGUACUGCGAGCGUGGCAUAUAAUAUUACGGCUACAAUAGCGGAUGUCCUGGCGGCGCAACGCACGAAGAUUCUCACUGAAAUGGAAAACUUUGAGUAUCCGCAAGGACGUUUCGGUGUGGAUGCUGAGAAGUUAUCCGAUAUGACACCCGCUACUAAUGGUACACCGGUACGGAGUGUCAUCAUAACAACUUGGCGUUCGGGCUCAACAUUCUUGGGUGACAUCCUUAAUGCCAUGCCUGGCAAUUUUUAUCACUAUGAACCACUAUUAUCGUUUGGUAUUAAUCAAGUACGUGACGCUGCCGAGGGCGCUGAAGCAUUACAUAUGCUACGACAUUUGCUGCAUUGCAACUACACGAAUAUGCAAGAGUACUUAGAAUAUGGCAAACAACAUUCAUAUUUAUUCGAGCAUAACGAGCGUCUGUGGAGUGUAUGCAAAGAAUUUCCACAUUUUUGUUGGCAACCAAAAUUCCUAUCACCCAUAUGUAAACUAUUUCCCAUGCAGAGCAUGAAAGUGGUGCGGCUCCGUUUGGCGUUGGCGAAGUCAUUACUUGAGGACAAUAGGUAAGUGCUUACAACAGUCGCUCAAACCUUCAAAUAAAUAAAGAUUUUUAUCAAGUUUUUUUUUACUAAUAUUUUUGUUUGAAAAGUGAUUUGAAAAGUGAUACAGUGUAACUGG